UUUAUUUUUAUUUGAACGUAGCGGAUGUAUGCUACUGCUGCAUACGUCUCUCUUUCCAUUUUUGGGCAACUCACUGCCUAUUAAUUUCCUUCGAAAAACAAAACCCUAAUUCCAAACUCUAAUUUUGUUUUUUACAUUAUUCCAAAAACAGAGAAAAGUGAAGGAAAGAUGUUGGGAAUAGUAAGGCAAACGAUGUUGGGGCAGUCAUUGCAGAAGAUUCGGCCUGCAGCGUCUGUGUUGAGAAGUUACUCAUCUGCAGCAAAACAGAUGACAGUGAGGGAGGCAUUAAACUCUGCUCUUGAUGAGGAGUUGUCGGCUGAUCCAAAAGUCUUUUUGAUGGGUGAAGAGGUUGGAGAAUAUCAGGGUGCAUACAAGAUAACCAAGGGGCUUUUGGAGAAGUAUGGACCUGAGAGGGUUCUUGAUACUCCAAUUACUGAGGCUGGUUUUACUGGCAUUGCAGUUGGUGCUGCGUACCAUGGUCUAAAGCCUGUAGUGGAGUUUAUGACAAUUAACUUCUCCUUGCAGGCAAUUGACCACAUUAUUAACUCUGCUGCGAAGUCCAACUAUAUGUCAGCUGGCCAGAUAUCUGUACCCAUUGUUUUUAGAGGACCUAAUGGUGCUGCUGCUGGUGUUGGUGCCCAACACUCUCAGUGUUAUGCAGCAUGGUAUGCUUCUUGUCCUGGGUUGAAAGUCCUGACACCAUACAAUUCCGAAGAUGCUCGUGGACUGCUCAAAGCUGCUAUUAGAGAUCCUGACCCAGUUGUUUUCCUUGAAAAUGAGUUGUUAUAUGGUCAAUCAUUCCCUGUUUCUGAUGAAGUUCUUGAUUCCAGUUUUUGCCUUCCAAUUGGAAAAGCUAAGAUAGAGAGAGAAGGAAAGGAUGUGACUGUUACAGCUUAUUCAAAAAUGGUGGGCUAUGCUCUUAAGGCGGCUGAGAUACUUGAAAAGGAUGGAAUUGAUGCUGAGGUUAUAAAUUUGCGUUCUAUUAGGCCGCUAGAUAGAUACACAAUUAAUGCCUCAGUCAGGAAAACCAACAGAUUAAUAACAGUUGAAGAAGCAUUUCCCCAGCAUGGCAUUGGUGCUGAAAUCUGUGCAUCUGUUGUGGAGGAGAGUUUUGCUUAUCUUGAUGCACCGGUUGAGAGAAUUGCGGGAGCCGAUGUUCCCGUGCCAUAUGCAGCAAAUCUUGAGAGAAUGGCUGUGCCACAGGUUGAAGAUAUUGUCCGUGCUGCAAAGAGAGCAUGCUUCCGAUCUGUACCUUUGGCUGCUACUGCAUAAUUGAACCAAUCCAGGCAGGAAACUUUUCCUAAUACAGGCUAGUGAAUUAGAGGGAUAUGAAUUUUACCUUCUCAAAGCUUUCGUGGAGAACCUGCUUUCAUUUAAUAACUGGGAGAUUGUUAGAAAUGGCUGGAGAUUUUGACUGCCAUUUGAACACAACCUCUUCCACCCUCAAUAGCCAAAAUUUAUUUAUUUUUCUCGUAUCCGGUGCACACCCUCUCGAAACUGUUUCUGAGCUUUGGGUUUCAAAAAAUUUUUUUUUUUUCAGUUUAAUGAAUUUUUGAUUGCGCCGAUUCGAUGUUUGGGAAUUGCUACCAAAGUAGUGUUGUCAGAAAGGGGAACCACUUUGUAGGGGAAAGUAAUAAAAGAUUACCAUUAAACUUGGUCUAAUGGUUGGCACUUGUUACGUUACAUUUGAAUAAUUGAUUUUCAUAAUAUUAAAAAUAGUAAUGAUGAGGAUAUUAGUUUUUA